AUGAGUGAUAAAGAGCCACUAUUAAAGAAACAUAAUAAAUCACCUAUUGACAAUGAUAGUGACAAUGAAAACAAAAGUUUUUCUGAGUGGCGUCAAUAUUUCAAACAGCAAAAGACUGAUGCUAAGAAUAAAAAGUUAAAUGAUGAAAUCAACCAAACUACUAAAGAUAUUCCAGUCGGUGUUUUACAACUGUUUCGAUUUGCUGAUCGUAUUGAUAUUUUUCUUAUGAUUAUUGCUGUGUUUUGCGCAUUAAUGCAUGGAGUUUGUGCUCUCGCAAAUGUAAUUCUUUUUGGUCGAAUCACGGGAUUAUUUGCCACUACAUCAUUUUCUGUUGAUUGCGAUAAUCAAUAUGAAAAUUUCGUAUCUACAAUUAUCAAUAAUACUGUAUGUCCUCUUGGUAUUGAUCUUAAUCCAUUAAAUUAUGAUCGAUUAAAUAAGCUAUGCCAUUAUGAUAAUAAAACUAUUUCAUCCACAUUAGCUCCAUUAACGCCUUUAUUUCAUGACAAUGUUAUGCAUCUGAUUUACUGGUUCUUUGGUGUCAGUAUUUUGGCACUUCUAUGUUGUUCUCUUGAAUAUAUCUGUUGGACAGUUGCUGCGAAACGACAAACAUCUCGUAUGAAUGUUUUACUCUUUCAAUCACUUCUUCAACGUGUAAUAAUUGGACUUAUUAUAGUUAUGAUUCUCAGUAUAAUCAUGUCUUUUAUUCUGAAUUGGCAAUUGUCUUUAAUUAUGUCUUGUCUUAUUCCACUUACCGCUGGUAGUUCAUUGAUAUUUGGAAAGGUUAUCACUAAAGAAACAGAAGCACAAUUAAGUACAUAUUCAAAAGCUGGACAAAUUGCUCAAGAAGUAUUUGGUUCCUUAAAAACUGUUCUUUCAUUCAAUGGAAGCAAAUCCCAACAAAAACAAUAUGAAAAAGAACUAAAAUUGAAUGAAUGGUAUACUGUUCGCAAAGAUGCUGCAUUUGGUAUAUUUAUGGGUUGGUUACUUUUUAUAAACUUUGCAGUUUAUUCAAUUGGUUUUACUUUCGGUUCGAUUCUUAUGGCUUAUGGUAACCAUCGUUCACUGACCAUUAGUGAGAUUCUUGUUGUUGUAAAUAUGUUUGCACAAGCUUUAGGGUAUCUUACUGCAGUUGGACCUUUCUUUCAAUCAAUUUCGGAAGCUCAAGGCGCAGCAGUAACCGUAUUUCGACUUAUUGAUGAGGCACAUGAUGCAAAUAUCAAUGAAAGAGAAAUAUUACAAGAGAACAUAUCUGAUGAAAACUCGAUUUCCAAUAUCAAUGGUGAUAUUGAAUUUGAUAAUGUUAGUUUUUCUUAUCCAUCUAGAGAAAAUGCAACAGCCUUGAAUAAUCUUAAAUUAGUUGCUCGUGCUAAUCAAACAACUGCUCUUGUAGGUUCAAGUGGUUGUGGAAAAAGUACAUGUGUAUCACUUCUUCUUCGCUAUUAUGAACCUUCUUCAGGUAGAAUUAUGAUUGAUGGUCAAUCAAUUACAGAUUAUAAAAUCAAACAAUUUCGUCAAAAUAUUGGAGUUGUUAGUCAAGAACCUAUUUUAUUUGGAAUAAGUAUUUAUGAAAAUAUUCGUUUUGGUAAAUUGAAUGCAACACGUGCAGAGAUUGAAAAUGCAGCAGAACACGCUAAUGCACAUAAAUUCAUUAUGAAAUUACCAAAUAAAUAUGAAACACUUGUUGGGGAACGUGGUAUACAAUUGAGUGGUGGUGAAAAACAACGUAUUGCAUUAGCUCGUGCACUUGUCAAACAACCCAACAUUCUUUUGUUAGAUGAAGCAACAAGUGCACUUGAUAAUGUUAGUGAAAAAAUUGUUCAAGAAGCACUUGAUCGAGCAUGCAAAAAUCGUACAACUAUAGUUAUUGCUCAUCGUUUAACUACAAUUCAAAAUGCUGAUUAUAUUUAUGUAUUAGAUAAAGGAAGUGUGAUUGAAGAAGGUACACAUGAAACAUUAUUGGCAAAAGAAGGAGGUAAAUAUCAAACAAUGAUUAAAAUGCAACAAUCUGAAAAAACGAUUGGUACACAUGAUGGCUUAAUGAAUAUGGCAAAAGCAGUAGCUGAAGAUGAAGAACAACUAUUGGAACGUGUUCGUCAAUUGAGUGAGAGCGAAACAAUUGAUACAAAUCGGAGAGCUUCGACGUCAGCAAGAGAAAAAUCUGUUUUUCUUAGACUCAUGAAGAUGAACAGUCCUGAAUGGAUGUUUAUUUUGAUUGGUUGUUUAGCAUGCUUACUUGGUGGAUUACGUGGACCAGUGUUCUCGAUUCUAUUCGCAAAAAUAAUUAAUGAAUUUAAUGAUUGUAAAUACGAUGAUGUACGUCGUCGAGUGAUGAUUACAAGUGGUUUAUUUCUUAUUACUGGCGCUCUUUUUCUGGUUCUUCAUUUUUUUCAAUUUGUGGCUUUUGGAGUCGCAGGAGCGAAAUUAGUUAGUCGCAUUCGUUCAAAAGCUUUCGCAUGUUUUCUUCGCCAAGAAGUCGCUUAUUUCGAUCGACCUGAAAACGGUUCUGGUGCUAUAUGUACUCACCUCUCCUCUAAUGCAGCUGCUAUUGAAGACAUGCUUGCUGUUGAAGUUAUUACCAAUAUGCGCACAGUAAAACAGUUAUCAAUGGAACAUGAAGUUUCACGACAAUAUACGAAUAUGAUUGAUCAAGUAUUAAUAAUGUUUUGGAAGCCUGAGGCAAUGUUUUCAAUAGUAUUUGGAUUGUACUGGGCAAUGGACUCAGCAACUUUGGGACUUUUGUAUUGGCGUGCUUUGGUUCUUGUUGAAAAAAACGAAAUGGACAUGAGCGAUGUUGUUAUGAUAUCUGCUUUUGGAAUGUUUGCAUUAGAAGCACUAAAAAUGGUUGGAAUGUUAGCCGAACGUAUUGGCAAAUCAUUUGCUGCUGCUCAUGCAUUUUUUGAUCUAUUUGAUCGAAUACCAACUAUUGAUAAUGGAUCUAAUAAAGGACAAGAAUUAACUAAUUUUAGUGGAGAAACAGACUUUAAUCAAGUUAAAUUUGUUUAUCCAAGUCGUCCAACAGUUCUUGUUCUUAAUAAACUUCAAUUAUCUAUUAAAUCAGGUCAACGUAUAGCUCUUGUUGGUGCAUCUGGAUGUGGAAAAUCAACCAUAGUCCAAUUAUUAGAACGAUUUUAUGAUGUUACACAUGGACAAUUGCUUCUUGAUGGUGUUGAUAUUCGAAAAUUAAAUAUUCAAUGGCUUCGUUCUCGUUUGGGUAUUGUUAGUCAAGAACCAGUUUUAUUUGAUUUGACAAUUGCUGAAAAUAUAACAUAUGGAUUAGAAAAUAUAUCAAUGGACGAGAUUGUUCUUGCUGCAACUAAAGCUAACAUUCAUCAAUUUAUUCAACAAUUACCUCAAGGUUAUGAUACGAAAGUUGGAGUCAAAGGUAGUUUUUUAUCAGGUGGUGAAAAACAACGUAUUGCUAUUGCUAGAGUUCUUAUUCGUCGACCUAAAAUAUUAUUAUUAGACGAAGCGACAAGUGCUAUGGAUCCAUAUAAUGAACAAAUAGUACAAGUAACUCUUGAACAAGCACAAACAGAAGAUCCUAGUCGAACAUCACUUAUUAUUGCACAUCGUCUUUCAACAAUACGUUCAUGUGAUUUAAUAUAUGUACUUGAAAUGGGUCGUAUAGUAGAAAGUGGAACUCAUACAGAACUAGUACAAAAAGGUGGAAUUUACUAUACAAUGUUAAAUGCUCAAAACAAUGUACACUAA